AUGCCGCGACAAAAAUUCCCAAUCGCAGAUUUAACGUGCCCGGUAUUACGGAAGUUGCUGCGCGACCGGGAGUUGAGAUCGGCCGGGCGAAAACCGGAUUUAGUGAAGCGGUUGAUCGACAGUGAAGGUAGCGAUGAAAUCGAAUUGUCCGACAACGAAAUCGAGGACAAUGACGACGACCUUCGACAGACGGUUUCCGCUUUGGUGGAAAAUGUGGCGUCAAUAAUGGCGGCCAUUAAAAAUGGCCAAGUCGGUGUACCACCCUUACCACCUGUUCCAUCCGUUCCAUCAGCUGUCCUACCCCAGGACGACGAUGCUAUUGCCGAAGCCCAUCAUCAACGCACACCAUUCAAUAUUACCGCACCGACUCAUUCAACGGCUUUCGGCGAUAUCGAGCCGACACUACGACGGCGCAACGAGACGAUGACGUCAACUCGUCAACCGACCGCGGAAUACGUAUUUCAACCACGAGAUGUUAUCGGGAUUCUACCAACAUUUGACCCGCUUGACGAUGUGUCCCCAUCAGCCGAACAAUUCAUCGACCGAAUUGAAAAAUUGGCUCAGGUAUAUCACUGGGAGGAAUACCUCGUUCAGUUUGCCGCUCAGGCUAAGUUGAAAGGCCCGGCGAAACGAUGGAUUGACGGAUUGCAAACGACGUUUGCAACGUGGGAAGAAUUCUCCAAAGCGCUAAUUGCAGAUUUCCCCAGUCGAUUUACGACAGAAGAUAUGCGACAGCGGCUCGAUAGCAGCCGUCGCGCACACAACGAAACAACCGAAGAAUAUUUUUUCCGCGUCUGCGCAAUGGGACGACGGGCGAAGCUUGACGACGAAACGAUCGUGUAUUACAUACGACGAGGGCUUUGUAUGAAACCAUUACAAACUGCCAUAGCCACGAUGCAUUUCAACACGCCGAGCGAAAUGCUAGUGGCCAUACGACGAUUUGUAGCGAACGAUCCGGGAACGAACGAUAGUUCCAAUAGCGUUCGGGGUGAACGAACGAAUAUACUUCGAUCGCCGCCGCUGCUGAAUGCUGCAAAUCAAAACUCGAGGCUAUGUUACAAUUGUUUCGAAAGAGGGCAUUUGUCGUUGAACUGUCCGAAGCCGCAACGAAGACCACGAUGCGUGAAAUGCAAUAGAACUGGCCAUGCGCAGAAUGACUGCCCGACAGCCGCGCGAACAGAAGCCAACCGCCGAGAGACAAUAAAUCGUAUAGCACAACACACAGACAACAAAUUGCUAACGAAGACAGUGGAAAUAGGCGACGAUGAAUUUGAGUGUAUUGUGGACUCAGCAAGUAGCUGUUCUUUGAUCAGACAGUCUGAGGCUCAACGAAUUGGACAGAUUAAACAAUUAGAGCCAGCACAACAACUUAAAGGGUUCGGUGGAGCUGUAUACCUUUGCAAUAAGAAAAUAAUUGCAACAAUCAGAAUUGACGACGUGAUACUGGAGGGAGUUUUGUAUAUAGUGGACGACGAGCAGAUGGAUAAGCCGAUACUCAUUGGAACCGAUAUUCUACUGCAAGAAGGUAGGUGCUGCACAAUUCGUGGUCGUGAAUUUAAAAUGAAAUCGGAAUUCGAGAACAUACGAACCGGACCAAUAUCAUCAAUCGAUAAAGAACAACUGUCUGAAGUAUUGGAAAAAUGGCAUAAGUGUUUUUCUACUAAUUUAUCAACGAUCGGUCGUUCAAAUUCCACCGAAAUGGAAAUCCGUGUUACAACCAGCAAACCAGUCAGUCGACAGCCUUACAAGAUUCCGUUCCCGAGGCGAUUGAAAGUGGAAGAAAUGAUCGACGAGCUACUGAAAGCUGGAAUAAUGCGACCGAGCGAGUCGGAAUAUUCAUCUCCGGUCAUACUGGUCGCGAAAUCAGAUGGUACAGACCGGCUUUGUAUCGAUUAUCGAGCAUUAAACGCGAUUACAGUGAAGGAACCAUUCCCAGUUCCCAGAUAUUACCAAAUCCCGAUUGCCGAAUCAUCGAAAAAGUAUACGGCUUUCGCCACUCAUAUAGGCCAAUAUGAAUUCAACGUAGCUCCAUUUGGAUUGACCAACGCUCCAUUCAAAUUCCAAAGAGAAAUCCGAAAAAUCACAUCGAGAAUGAAACGACGAGUAGUAUCUUAUGUUGACAAAAUCAUCAUACCGAGCAAAAAUAUCAAAGAAGGCUUGGAAACGUUGGAUGAGUUCUUAGGAAUAUUAGCGGAAAUCGGUAUGACAUUAAAUAUAAAGAAAUGUACAUUUUUAGCGACCGAAGUAUCCUUUUUGGGACAUCGAAUCACUAAGGAAGGUCUUCUACCCGGUGAAGUGAAAACCGAUGCAAUCCAGAAAUUCCCAACACCUAGUAAUCGAACCGAGGUUCGACGGUUUCUUGGACUAACUAGUUUCUUUCGACGAUUCGUUCAAGGAUAUGCUCAGACAGCUUUACCGUUAACUCGAUUGCUGAAAACGAAGGAUGCGGAACCAUUUACAUGGACAUUUCUUGAACAGGAAGCAUUCGAUACUUUACGAAGAGCUCUUUAUCAUCCACCGAUUUUAGAGAUCUACGACGUCAAGCGACAGCACGAAGUCCACACGGACGCGAGUUCGAAUGGAAUUGCUGGAGUGUUACUUCAAGAGAGCGACAACGGGUUAAAACCUGUCAUGUACUUCAGUCGGAAGUGCUCGGAGACCGAAGCGAAAUAUCACAGUCAUGACCUAGAGGUUCUAGCCAUAGUCGACAGCCUGGAACGGUUCAGAAUGUUUUUGAUCGGAAAGAGGUUUCGUGUCAUUACUGAUUGUGCUGCAACACGAAAAAUAAAACGCCGUUACAUCCUCACAUUGCUAGAUGGUGGCUACGUCUUCAGGAAUUCGAUUGUGAAUACAUCCAUCGAAGUGCUAACCGCAUGCGACAUGUAG